AUGGCGACGAAGUAUUUCAGCCCCGAGGAGGAGGAGGAGGAGGAGGAGAUGGAGGGAGAAGGGGGAGGAGUAUGGGACGAUUGGCAAUCUGAUGAGGAGGACUCAUCGUCUCAUUACCUGUGCCUUUUUUGCGACUUAAGAUACGAUUCCACAGAAAGAUUGUUCGAGCACUGCAAAUUCGUACACUGUUUCGAUUUACUCGGCGUCAUUAGAGAUUUAAGGCUGGAUUUCUAUGGUUCGUUGAAGCUCAUCAAUUACAUUAGGUCUCAGGUUGCAAUGAACAAAUGCCGGAGUGGUUAUGUCUUAUUCAAAAACUUUACAUGUCUACAUGAUGCUGAUAACAUUAAAAAAGAUGGGAAAUUUCCAUGGGACGAGGAGUCAUAUUUAAAACCAUUCAUUAUUGAUGAUGCUUUGUUGCAUAGCUUUGCUAAUGAUGAAGAUGAGGACGAUUUUGAUCCACCAGUCACCGAAGAAUAUAUUCUGAGUGAACUGAUGAACGAUGGUCACAUUGCUCAAGUUUACCAUAGCAGCCAAGGUAUUUUAGAUGCUGAAAAUCCGCAGACUAGUGCUUGUCUUGAUAUUAGAAAGCAUGUAGCUGCUGAAGAAAAAGUGGCCAAUUUUUUUGAGAAAAGCAAAAGCAAUGGCAUCUGUGGAGGGAGUUUCAAUGGAGAAUCACAUCAAAAGCAGAAGGAUUGUCAGCUUAAGGUUUCUUUUGCUAAUGUAGUUGCCAGAGAAAUAAGAAAUGUUAACGACAAUUAUUUUGGUUCUUAUGCUUCUUUUGGCAUUCACAAGGAGAUGAUUAGUGACAAGGUGAGAACAGAGGCAUACAGAAUUGCAAUUUUGAAUAAUCCUUCCUUGCUUAAUCAAGCAACUGUUAUGGAUGUUGGUUGUGGUACAGGAAUUUUAAGUUUAUUUGCAGCUCAAGCUGGGGCUUCAACGGUGGUUGCAGUUGAGGCAAGCUUGAAGAUGGCUGCCAUAGCUACUCAGAUUGCCAAAGACAAUGGAUAUUUGUAUGAGGAAAACAAUAAAGGCGAGAAAGAUGAAGACAACCAUUGUUCUGGUGUGAUCCAUGUUGUUCAAACUAUGGUCGAAGAACUUGACAAAUUCAAGAAGAUAACCCCACAUAGUGUUGAUGUGUUAGUGAGUGAGUGGAUGGGAUAUUGCCUUCUGUAUGAGUCAAUGCUCAGUUCUGUUCUUUAUGCUCGUGAUUACUGGCUAAAGCCUGGUGGUGCUAUCCUACCGGACACUGCUACUAUUCUUGUUGCUGGAUUCGGAAGAGGUGGAACCAGCUUACCGUUUUGGGAAAAUGUGUAUGGUUUCAAUAUGACUUGCAUUGGCAAGGAAGUUAUGGAGGAUGCUUCCUGCUCCCCCAUCAUUGACGUCAUGAAUAGUAAAGACAUUGUGACAGAAUCUGCUGUUCUUCAGACUUUUGAUCUGACAACCAUGAAACCUGAUGAGGUGGAUUUCACUGCAAGAUGUGAGCUGGUACUGAAACCCAGCCCCGAAGAAGCUUCAGCUACUGAAGAACCCAUUAUAUGCUGGUGCUAUGGUAUAGUUCUGUGGUUUGAGACUGGUUUCACUAGCAGAUUCUGCAAGGAAAUGCCGACGGUUCUCUCCACAUCUCCGUAUUUGCCGAAGACUCAUUGGUCUCAGACCAUUUUUACAUUUCAAGAGCCAGUUGCCAUGGCAUCUGCCAAAUCCAAAUCGGAAUAUGAUGGACUUGUUGGCACGGAACGGUGCCCUGCAGUGAGAAUUAGCUCUCGCAUCAGCAUUGCUCGAUCUUCGGUGCACCGAAGCUUAGAUAUAUCCAUGGAGACUACUGGAAUCAGCCUGGAUGGGAGGAAGCGUAGUUGGCCUGUUCAGAUCUUUGAUCUUUGAUAUCUCAUCUCAGGAUUUUUAGAAAUUUUUUAUCAUUAUUAUUUCCAUCGAACUGGUGAGAUGGACGUCUGCUCCGGCUUGUAUUGCUAGCUUGGCUGCUUUCAUUUUUCUGUCUUGUUUGUAAGGUUUGGUUUGGGUUGGCUUUCUUACUGCUUCUUCUUAAAGUAAUUUUUUAUUAUAAAAGUUAUUUUUUUUAUUAAAAAAUUAUUUUAAGAAGCAGUAAAAUAGCCGUUUCAAAUGAAUUAUAACUCUGUCAAGUUUGACUGUAUGUAUUUCAAGGAAAAAAAGACUUAUUUAAGUGUAACAUUAUUUUGCCAUCCUAUAGAUUGUGUUUGGCUGGUGGUGAAAGAAAGGAAACGAAAUUCAGUGUAAAUUAUUGCU